AUGGAAAGUACACAUGAAUCAAAAUUAAUGAAAGUAAACUUUUUUAAUGAAGAUGCAGAAAUAAAAAAGAGAAAAAAAUUCCAUAAGAUAAGAAGAGCAUUAUUAAAUAUGAAUGAAAAAGAAGAAAAUUAUUUUUUAAUGAACAUAUAUCCAUUAAUAAAAAACUAUAUAAAUGAUAAUUUACCAUGUUAUUCAUAUAACAAACAUCAUUUUAUAAAAAUUAUCUUAAAUAUUUUUUAUUCUAUGAUAUAUAAAUUUAAAAAAAUAAAAUAUAUCGUAGAAAUUUUUGAUAUAUGCCUAAAUCUUAUUGAAAAAGAAAAUGAGGAAUAUUCCAUCCUUUGUAUUAGAAUAAUAAUAGAAAUAUGCAAAUUGCAUAAAAGUGAUUUAUUAUUAUUUGAAAUUUAUAAAUAUAUAAAUAUUUUAUCUACGAAAUUUUUAAAAAUAUUUUAUAAAAAAAUAAUUAAUAAAGUUAAAAAAGGAAAAUUUUUGAAAUCUAUAAUUAAUUUUUAUAGAAAAAAGAAAAAUAAAAUAAACAAAAAAAAUUAUUUUAAUGGUAGUAGAGAUUCAUUAAAAGUUAUUAGAGAAAUAAUUUUAUCAAAUUUCAUUAUAAUAAAUUUAUAUCCUCAUAUAUUAAAUGAUGCAGAAAAUUACAUAAAAAUUUUAUGUAAAAUACUCUCAGUUAUUAAUGUUUAUGAUUUUAAAUUUUCAAAUUUUUUUAUUAUAGAAUCAAUUAAAUAUUCAAAAAAAUGUAUUGAAAAAAAUGCAUAUUAUUAUAAAUAUGAAAAUUCAUAUACAUAUAUAAAUCAAAAUUAUAUUAAGGAUGAAAUAAAUUCAAAAGAUUUAUAUGAUUAUUGUAAAAAUGAAAACGGUUGUAGAAAUUUUUUAAAUCCCAGUAUUAUAAAUGAAAAGAUAGAAAUUUAUAAAAUAUAUGAAAUACGUAAAACAAACACAAAUGUUGGUAAUUCAAAUUGUUGCAAUUUAUAUUUUGAUGACUCUAAUAAGUAUAAAAAUAAUUUAUUAGAUAGUUCAAUUUACAUUGAUAACUUAGUUAGUAAUAAUGAUUUAAAUACUGAUAAGAUUACUGCUAAUAAUAAUAGCUAUCUUGCUAGUAGUAAUUUCUUUUACAAUAAUUCAUUUAAUGAUAGCAAAUGUAAUUUACCAAAUAAUACAUUAAAAACAAUAAAAAAACAGUUUUACAAGAAUAUUGAUUACAGUAAAUAUGAGAUAGAUAUAUCUAAAUUAUGUGAACUUCUUAACUUAAAAAAUAAUGUUAUCUAUUUAUUAUGCUAUUUAUUAAGAUAUAACAAAAGUAAUACAUAUUUUCUUUAUAAGCAAUUUCUUAUAGAAAAAAUUAUUGAAUUUUUAAAAUAUGAUACACAUUUUUUUAUAGAGAAAAAAAAAAAGUUUAUCGAAAAUAUUCGUUUAUUAUUACAUGAAAAUUUCAAAGAAAAUUUGAAGUAUUAUUUAAAGUUUUUAUUAGAUCCCUCAUUAUAUAUAAAAAAUUUGAACAACAAUAGUUUUUUAAAUAUAUAUAUAUUUAUAUUAAUUCAUGAUAUAUUUUUUUAUUUUAAAAAUGAGAAUGUAUGGAAUUUUGACAUAUUAAAAAGUUGCAUAACUAAUUAUUCGUAUAUUAUUAUGAAAGAAAAAAAAGCUAUUUUUAUUCAGAAUAUUUGUAUAAAAUUAUUAGUUUACAUAACUCAGAUAAUAUUUAGAAUAAAAAAGAGAAAUGCUUUAUAUUUUUCGUUAUAUUUUGAUAUUAUAAAUAUAAUGUUAAAUAAGAGUACUUCAUUGAAAUAUGAAUUGUACAAUGUAUUUAAAAAAAUAUGUAAAAAUAAUAAACAUGUUACUUUUAAAAAAAAAGGGAAAAAAGUUUCAUAUAAUAAUUAUAAAAAAAAAAAAAAUAAUAAAAAGUCACAUUCUUGCCAAGAAAAAGUUAAAUAUAAUUCAGAUAAUUUAUGUUUAACAUCGAAUAAAAUAUUAAAAAAAAAAAGGAAAUAUAUGAAAAUAUAUUCAAGUGAUGAUAUAUGUAAUAAAAGAGAAAUACAACUCCAAAAUAGUUACAAAUCAACAAAUCAAAAAGAAAAUUUUGAUGAAUUAUUAAGAGAAUAUAAAUAUUUAUUGUACUCCUUUUGCACAUGUGUAAAAAAUAAUAUUUAUUAUAUAUAUAUAUAUUUUAAUAAUGACUUAAUUAUCAAUAAAGAAGAAUUAAAAGGAAGAGAAAAGAAAAAUAACAUUCCAUAUUGUAAUGAUUUUGAAGUAAUAAAAGAGCAAAAGAAAAAUUUCAAAGAAUUUCAAAGAAAAAAUAAAAGUCUCAGCAAGAAAGAGGGUAUAAUAAAUAAAAAAAAUAAAAAAGUUACAUCCAAUAGUUACAAAAAUGUUAAUAGUCAACAUUUCUAUAAUUUUUUAAUUAAUCAAACAAAAGAUAAGACGAAUAAAAGCAUAAACAAAUCUAUCAAACAUAAAGUUGAGAAAAAUUUAAUAAACACUUCAUCAAAUAAAUCUGUUAAAAAUGAUAAUGAUUAUAACAGUACUAAUAAUUUGAAUGGAUAUAAUGGUUUCUAUUUUAGUAGUAAUAAUAAUACAUGUAUAGACAAUGAAUGCUUAUACAAUAAAGAAAAUGAAUUAAUAAGAGAUAAAUGUUGUAAUUUAAAUGAUAAAAGAACUAAUUUAAAUUUUAAUGAUAUUUUUGAAAAUGAUGUUGAUUAUAUAAAUGAUAAUGAAAUUAAUAAUGAUAACAAAAAUGUGAAGGUUAAUGUAGUUGAUCAAAAUAGUAAUAUACCUUUUGAUAGAUUUAUGAAUAAUAAUGAUUUUCUUAUGAAAAAUUUCGGCUCUCUUAUGAGAAAUAAUGAAUUCUUUAAUAAUAUUCCUAUAAAUGGAAAAAAUAUAUUCCCUAUUAAUGAUAACAACUUAAAUACGUACGCACUUGAAGAUGAUUUACAUAAUUAUAUGAAUAAUUACAAUAAUGAAAAUGAAAAGAAGUUAAAUAGAAUUAUAUAUGGUUACAACAAUGAAAAUGAAAAAAAUUUAGAUAAUUUUAUAAACUGUUACAAUAAUGACCAUGCUGCAAAAAAAGGUUGGGAAGAAUAUAAUAAAAAAAGUGAAGAAAAUUCUUGUAAUUCCUUUUUUGAGGGAAGAGAAGAAAAUAUUACUAGUAACUAUUUUAUUAAAAAGAACCUUUUUAAUAAUGAAAAUAAUUAUAAUGAGAAUAUUAUAAAAAAUUGUAAAACAGAAAACGUAGUAAAAGAAGAAUUAAAGGAGAAGAGUUCUAAAAACAGUGAAAAAUAUGACAUAAGCGCAAAUGAUAUAUUUGAAGAUAUGUAUGAUUUAAGUGAUUUUAAUUUAUCCUAUGUACAUAAUAUAUCUUCAUUUUCUUAUAAACUAAAUGAUAUGUGGAUAAAAAUAAUAUAUAAAAUUUUUUAUCAUAUAAUUAUUUGUUCUAUUUUGUAUAAUUAUUGCUUUUCUUUUGUUACUAUAGAAAAUUUGAAAAUCAAAAGCGAAAAUAUUAAAAAAUAUAUAAAAAUCAAAAUAAGUGAAAAUAAAAUUUUUGAUCAUCUUGAGAAUAACAAAUAUAUAAAUAUUAAUGUAAAUAACUUGUUAAAUGAAAAAAGAAGAAAAGUUUUUAAUUGUAUCAAUUAUAUAAGGAAUGAAGAAAAAAAAAUGUUAUACAUGUGUGCUAAUAUUGUAAUUUACUUGAACGAUCACAAUUUUUAUGAUUUUUUAAAUUAUUCAAUUGAUAUUUUAUUUAAAUUAUUGUUUCAGUAUCCUCAAAUAUUUUAUAUUUUUCAUUUAUUAGGUGGUUUGAGUCAUACUAGUUUAUCAUUUUGCAAAAUUUGCUUAAAUUAUGUAAUUAAAAAACUAAGAAAGUUUUUAGAAAUUAAAAACUACCUUCAUCCAUUACUAUAUUACAAUUAUAAAGUAAGAAGUAAGUUAUUAAAUGAUACAUAUAAGCACAAGCUAUUGUAUAAAUUGCAUUCUCCAUAUGAAUGCUUAUUAAAUAUGUUUGAAUCAAAUAAUGAAAAAUUAAAUAGUGUAGAUUUUUAUAAUAAACAGUUAUAUACAUUAAAUAAAAAAACUAGGAUAAAUAAUAAGUUAUUAAAUAAUACAAAUAAAAGAUCAUUAAGCAUAAAUCAUUUUUUUGAAGAUAAUAAAAUUACAAAAAAAAGAAAACUUAUAGGAAAUGUACGUAAAUUUUCAUUUCAUGAAUGUAUUAAUAAACAAAAAAAGAUUAAAAGAAAUACAAAAAAAAAAAGUCAAAGAAUAUUAAUAUCUUUCCCCAAAAGUAUUCCUUUAGAUAAUCACAUAUUUUUUAAUAAAAAUUAUCCUACUUGUGAUUUGAAAAAUAAAAAAAAAAAUUUUAAUAAAUUUCACUUAUGGGUAGACUAUUUUGAUUUUAAUAUUUUAGAAGAAUAUGAAAAUGAAAAAAGUUAUCUACACAAUUUUGAAAAAAAAGAAAUAAAUUACUCUUCAUUGAGCAAUGCAAAUUCAUUUAAAGAGUUAUUAUAUGAUGAAGAAAUAAAAUUUAAGAAACGGAAUACUUUAACUAAUAAAUUUAAAUUAGAUAAUAUAAAAGAAAUAAAAAAAAAGAGGAAUACUAGAUACUUUUUUCAUGAUUUAUCAAAACAAGAUAUUAUGAAUCCUUCUAAUUUUAUAAUAAGAUAUAUCAAUAAAUUCUCCAAGAAGAAAAAAAAAAAAAAAAAAAAAAAAUUAUCUUAUUUUCAUUAUAAUAACAGAAUUUUAAGUAAAUCGUUAUCAGAAGAAAAUGAUAACAUUUUUUUAUUUGACAAAUAUGCUCUGAAAAAUAAUAUCAAAAAAAAUGAAUUUAUUUCAAAAAAUUAUAUAAAGAAAGAGAGUAUUUUUCUUGAUAAUAUUCAAGUUAAAAAAUUGAGGAGAAAAAAAAAAAAAAAAAAUUAUUUAGAGUAUGAUAAUUAUAUUAAUACAUAUGACUAUAUAAUUGGUUAUAAUUCUCUUUCAAUAAAUAAUACUUUUAACUAUUAUCUGUCUUAUAAAGAAAUAAUAAUUAAAGUUAUAUAUUUUAUUUUGAAAGUAAUAAAAUACUACUCUAAUGAUCACCUUCAUUUUUUGAAAGAAUUAAAAAUCAUAUUUAAAAUAUUCUUCGAUAUCAUUUUAAAUGAUAACAAAUCUAUUUACCUUAUUGAUAUACUAAAAUCAAUACUUGAAACUAUUUGUUAUAUGAAUUCUACGAAUGAAUUAAAAAAAAUUAACGAAAAUAAAAACGAUAUAAAUUUUGCAUUAGAUAAAUUUUCACAAAAUAAUAAUUUAGAUUAUAUAAAAAAAGCAGAUGGUGAUAAAUUAAAAGAUAAUUUUUCAAUAGAAAAUUAUUUAAGCAAAAUAAAAGAAAAUUAUAAUGUUCAAAAUGAGGAAAAUUUGAAUUUAAAUGAAAACAACAAUGUAAUCAUAAAUUCUUUACAACAAAAAUUAAAUAAUAAGGAUAAUAACGAGAAUAAUAAUGAAAAUAAUAACAGUGAUAAUAAUUUUUAUAAAGAAUGUAAUAAUAAUUAUAAUAACAUUGGUACAUUUGAUAAUUAUAAAAGGAGUUCAAAUAAUUUAUGUGAAAUAAAAGAUAUAAUACAAACAAAAGACAAUAGUAAUUUUUAUAUAUUUAAAGACGUUAUACCUAAUUAUUUAAAUAAUAAUAAAAAGUAUUAUGAAUAUGAAAAAUAUAAAAAUGAUACAAUUGAAUAUUUUCUAAAUUUGUUUGAAAAUGUUUAUUUUCAAUUUCCAAAAUUAUUUAAAAUACAAUUUUGUGAAUUAUGUUUAAUAUUACCAAUUAAUUAUUUCAUGAAUAAAUAUUUUCAUAUUUAUAUGAAAUCAUUAUUAAUUUGUUUAAAUUCAAAAGAUAUAAGUAGGAUUGAAAUCGCUUUAAAAGCAAUAGAAAAAAAUAUGAAUAAUUCUAAUAAAAAUUAUAUAAAGGAUAUUAUUUCUUCUUCCUUUUUUUAUAAAAAUAAUAACCCAACAAAAUCACAUAUUUUUAAAAAUUUAACAAAAUUAUUAAAUAAGAAAAUAUCCUUUCAAUUUAAUUUUAACAAUAUUUACGAACAAAAAUAUUAUUCAAACCAUAUUUUUACGAGUUCUUUUAAUAAUUUUUUUCUUUCCAAGAAUGAUUUAAAAUGCAACGUAUUCAAGUCAGAAGUAGGAGUGAAUAAAUAUUUAAAGAAAAUGUAUGUUAAAAAUUUAUAUACAAUUUUAAAAAUUUAUAGCAAAUUUAUUGGAGAAAAUGAAAUAUUUAAGAAUCAGUACUGCUAUAUGACUAAUAAAAAAAGUUUAUUUCCUUGUUUUAAAAUAGGAUUUUUUUUAAAAAAAGAAAUAAAAGGAAGUAAAAAAAGGGAAUGUAUAAAAAACAUACACACUCAUAAUGAACAAGCAGAAAAUAUUAAUAAAAAUGAAAAAGAAGAUGUUAUACAGGAAAAUACAUUUCUUUUAAAUAAGGAAGAUCAGAAAGCAAAAGUAAAGGUGAACCUAAGAAAAAAAAAGAAUUCUUUUUCUUGUGUCAGUAAUAACAACAAUAACAAAGAAAUGAAAAAUUAUUAUGAAAUUGAAAGUGAAAAUGAAAAUGAAAAAAAAGUGUAUGAUCAUUCUGAGCAAAAUAAUUAUGAUACGCAACUAAAAAAUGAAGAUAACGAAACAAUAACUAACGAGAAAAAAAAAAUCAAUAAAAGGAAGUUGAAAAACACUGAUAAUGAGCUAGAACAAAAGGAAAAUAACAAAACUAAAAAUCUAGAAAAUAAUAAAAAUAUAAAUUAUAAUACAAUUAUAAAAGAAGAUAAAUAUAAAGAACAAAAGAAUAAUAAUAUAGAUAUAAAAAAAAAUGAAAUAUACGAAAAAAAAAAAAUUAAUAAUUUAAAAAAUAAGAAUAUAUCCAAUAAUGAUGAAGAAUAUGAACAUUUCGAUUGUAACUCAGAUAAUUUUCUUUUUGACAGUUUGAUUGUGAAUGAUUCUAUUAGCAAUGAUAAGUUUGACAAUAUAAUACACCAUAUUGAUAUAGAAGAAACAUUAAAUUAUUGUUAUAAAAUUUUAAAAAAUACUAUAAAGUAUAAUAAAUCUAAAUAUUUGUAUUAUCAUAAAAAUAUAACAAUAAAAAAUUUAAGAAAAAAGUUUUUUAUUAAAAAAGAAAUUCCAAUAAAGAAAAAGGAAGAAAAACAGAACUUUCAAAUUUUUAGUUUUAAUGAGUUAAGUAUUCUUAAGAAAAGAAAAAUUGACAAAAAUGAAGAAAAAAAAAAUAAAAAAAUUAAAGUGAAUAAUGUUUUGAAUGAGAAAGAUACUAAUCCUAUGUGCGAUAGCAGUUCUUUUCAUUUAGAGAAUGUAAAAAAUUUUAAAGAAGAUUGUUCUAAAAAUUUUAGAAAUGCACAUGUAAUAAAUAAUGAAAUAAAUGGCAUUAAUAGCAUUACAACAAAAAGUUAUAAUUAUCAUAAUUGUAAAGAAAAAAAUAGUAACAUAUUUUACAAAAAAAAAAAAGUUUAUUUAACGGAGAAAAAUUAUUUUAGUGAAUUUAAUAAAUUUAUUAAAAAUAAUGAAACAAAUUAUUUUGAUAAAAGCGACUUGUGCUUUAAUUGUAUUAACAAAAACCAAAGAAUUAAUUGUUAUAGGAUAAUAAUUACUAUAUUUGUUUUUAUUUUCAACCAUUCAAAUUGUAUAUCAGAAUUUUAUAUAUAUAUGAUUAAGGUUGCUUCCAUGAAUAAAGAUUUUAGAAUUUAUAGUAACAGUAACAAUAAUAAUAAUAGUAAUAAUAAUAAUAGUAAUAAUAAUAAUAAUAAUAAUAAUAACAAUAACAACAACAAUAAUAAUAAUAAUAGUAAUAAUAAUGAGGUUAAACAUAAAGAAAUAAACAAUAAUCUUGAAAAAGUGAAAUUAGGAAAUGAAAAAAAUAUCAGGCAUACGGAAAAUACUCAAUUUAAAAACACAUUUGAAGAAUAUAAUGAAAAUACAUAUAUAUCUAAAUAUUAUGAAAAUAUAUUUAAAGAAAAAAAACACGAUAAUUUUACAAAGAAGGAAAAAAAAUAUACUUUUGAAACGUGUUCUUGCAAUAAAUAUUUAUAUAAAUAUUCCUUUAUUUAUAAAGAUUAUCACAAUAGAUUUUUAAAAAAGCUGAUGUUCUGUUUUUUAAUUAUGCUAGUUGAAAUAAAUCAAGAGAGCAAAAAGAAAAAAAGAAAAAAUAAUAUAAUAGAAAGAACAAAUAUGAACAAAAGUAAAAGUAUAUGUAAAGUUAGCAUAUGGAAAGAAAAAUUAAGAGAACUAGUUAAAAAUAUUAUUAGAAGAAUGUCUUUGAUAUUGUCUAACAGAUUUAUUCCAACUAAAAAUGAAAAUUUUAUUUAUAUAAAAAAUCAUAAUAAUGAAAUAGAUGUAUCUUUAUUCAUAUUUACUUUUUGUAAUUUAAUAGAUUUUCAUCCACACUUUAUUCAAAUUAGUGUACAAGGUUUGAAUUUUAUGCAAAAAAUUUUAAAAACUAUUUUAAAAGUACAACCAUUAAAAAUUCAGAAAUGUAUGAAAUCUUUCUUUUUUUCAAAUCUAUGCACUUGUAUAUGUAACAUAUGUAAUGAUUAUAAAAUAAAAAAGAAAAUAUUUGGUUUAUUGUUAUUUAUAAAAGUAAUCAGAAUUUUGCAUCCAUAUUGGGUAAAAUUUAACAUAUACCGAAUUAUUUACACAUUACUAACUUGCUUUAAAAAAUCAAAAUUGAAAUAUUUCAGAAUUAUACAAUUAUUAGUUGAAGAAUGUUUUUCUUUAAGUAUUUCAUCAUUAUUUAUUGGAUAUGUAGGAGAAAUAAAUCCAUAUAUUUUAAAUGAGAUUGAUUCAUUAAAAAAAACUCAUAAAGGUGAAAUAAAUUAUGAUAAAGUGGAUAAUAUAACGGAUAGAAAUACUUUAAAAAUAUUGAAAUAUACUAAAAAUAAUAGAAUUAGAAAGUUGAAGCAUGAUAUAGAAAAAAUAAGAAAUUUUUUUAGUAACAGUGAAAAGGAAAAAUAUAAUAGUGAAUCCAAUGAAAAUAAAUAUAAUAAUAUAAAGGAUAAAAGAUUUAUAAAAGAUAAAUGCUUUUGGUAUAAUAAGGAUGAAAUAUAUACAUGGAAUAUAUUAACAUUAAAGGAAAAAAAUAAAAGAAAAACAAAAGAUAUAUUAAAAAUGAAUAGAAUAUUAUUUAACAUUUUAAAAAUAUAUAUUCAUAAUUUAAAUAACGAAGAAGAGCAUAAUAGACUUUUUAUAAAAAAGUCAUUUAUAAUACUAGCAAAAGUUUUAAGAACUAAUAUAAAAGAUUUAUUAAUGUAUAAAUAUUCACACAAAAAUGAAACAUGUUUACUAAGUUUAUUGUUUAAAUAUUUUUCGAUAUCUAAUUUUAUGUCUUUUUCUUUUAAACUUAAAAUUUCCUAUUUAGAUUUUUUAUGCUUUUUUUUAUCACAGAAUCCUUAUAUUAAAUUUGAUACUACUAUGAUUGCUAAUUUAAUUAAUACCAUAAUAAAUAUUAUUGAAAAUUUAGAUAAAAAAAAUAAGGAAAAUAAAUUUGUUGAUUGUAUUUUGAAUGAUAAUUUAAACAACACUUCAGUUAAUUUAUAUAAAAAAAAAAAUUUUAAUUUCAUUUAUAAGAGAGGAAAUUUUUUUUUAGAAAAAAUGCCAUAUGAAAUAAAAAAUGAUAAUACAAGUAAUUUAAAUGACAAUUUAAAAUUGUUUGAUAAUGAAAACAUGAAAGAAAAAAUUUUUUAUUAUGACAAAAUAUCGGAUAUAAAUAAUAAUGAAUGUGUUCUUAAUGAUUGCUUGAAUGAACAAAAAAAUAAAGAUUUACUUAAUUUAUAUCAAAAAAUUUUAAAAAAAAAAUGUGACUACUAUUCUAUAAUGAAUGGUAAUAAUUUUACUGAAACAGAAGAAAUGAAGAGAUUUAUAAAUGAAGAUUAUAAUAAAAAAAUAUUUUCUAAUAAUAUAAACAAUUUAUUAACUAAUCAAAACGAAUGUGCACAUGACAAACAUAGCACAUAUAAGAAUAACAAAAAUAGUGAAAUGAAUCUAAUUAAUUUUAGUGAGGAUGAAGAAAUGAACAAAUUUUCAAAUUCCUCUUUUUAUAUGCAUUUUGAAAAUAAAUCAGACAGAUCUGCUAUUGAAAAUCAAAAUUUACAUAAUCACAACAAUUAUAUAAAUAAUAAUGGGAAUACCAACUACAAUAAAAUAAAUGUAUGUGAUGAAUUUACAGUAAAUUGUUACAAUGAAAAUAAGAAUAAUGAAUUUAAUGAUAAUAUAAAUGAAAAUAAAUUAAGUGGAAAUGAAGAAUUUUUAAUAAAUGAUAAUAGAGAAAAUAAUGAAAAUUUUACUAAUAAAAAUGAAAGUAAUGGUAAUAAGGAUGUAAAUGAUAAUUAUAAAAAAAAUUUCACUAAACAUAAUAAUUUAACGAUUAAUAUAAAAAAUUUUGAAAACAUAUUAGAAAAUGGUCUAAUGAAUAAGAAUACUAAUGAAAAUGCGAACAAUGAAUUUUCUUUGAGAAAAAAAAAACAGAAUAAAAAAAUAAAAUUAUUGAAAAAUAGUUUGAUUGAUACAUCAUAUAAAUUUAAUUAUAAUAUAAACGAUAAUUUAAUUAAUAGUGAUUUAACUAAUAAUGAUGGAAGAUAUAAUUUAAUUCAGAAAGACGGAAGUAAAGAAAUAGAUAUAAAUGGUUUAGAUUUAUCUAAUGAAAAUAAUACAAAAAACAUAUAUAGCAAUUAUAAUAGAGACAUAAAGACAAAUAUAAAUUAUUUAAAUGGUUUGAACUUACAUAAUACAGAAAAAGAAAAAAUAUAUCAUGAAUAUAAAGAAACAUUAAUAGAAAAAAAAAAUCAUAACAAAAAUGGAGAAUACACAAAUUAUGACUAUAAAAAAGAUGCAGAAGAAAGUGUGAAAGAAAAGAAUAUUAUUAUUAAUUUUUUUUUAUAUUCCAUGAUUUUUUUUAAAAUAUGCUUUACUCACCCUUUAUAUAAAUAUUUUUUAUCUACUAUUAAUGUAAAAAUUAAUAAAAAAAAUAUAUCUUUAUAUAGUCGUUGUAUUCAAACACUUAUGAAUUUUUUAUUUAGAAAAGAAAAAGAAUUAUGUAUUCAAGCAGAACUUACUUUAUAUUAUAUAAUAUUUAUUAAUGAUCAAGACAAAGAUACAAAAAAAAAUGAAAAUAUGAAUAUAAGGAAAGAAGUAAAUAUAUAUGAUUUAACGAAAAAAAAUAUACGUAAUUUUAAGGAAGUAAAUGAAAAAAAGAAGGUAUUAUCAUUAUCUGUAAAUAAUAAUACAAAAAGAAAUAAUAUAUCUAUGAAUAGAAACACUACAAGAAAUGUUGGUAAAAUUAAUGAUAUGAAAUUAAUGAAUUUUAAUAAGACAUUUAUUAGCAUUUCAAAAAUGAAUAAAAAAGAUUUAAAAUCAUAUUUAAAAUCCAUUUUAUUUAAUCUAUCAUUUGUUUUAAAAAAUAAAUCUUUCCUUUUGAAAAAAAAUUUUAUUAUCGGUCUUAGUAAAAUAUAUUGUUUAUUUCCUCAUCUUUUUUCUUCCUUUUUAAUAGAAGCAUUUAUUAAAUAUAUAAAAUUAUUUUAUGAAAAAACCUCAUGUAACAAAAUAUGUUAUAAAUAUUUAGAACAAAUAAUGAUAGUUUUUUAUAAAUUUUUUGUUAUACCUAAAUUAUCAUGCGAUCAAUUUUUUGAAAUAUCUAAUUUAUUAUUAGAAGAGUAUCAAACUAAUAGAAAAAGAAGUAAUCUUUCUAUAAAUUAUUUGAAUAUAUAUAAUGAUAAAAGUGAAAGUCAAAAAGAAAAAUUAAACGAUCUGUUAGAUAAUAUUAAUAAUAAUAAUAAUAGUAUUAUUAAUCAUUCUUAUUUAGAAAAAAAUCAAGUAAACUUAGAACGAAAGUUAAGUACUAAUUCAAUUUGUAUAUAUAAUAAUUUAAGUAAAAAUAAUAAUGUAAAUAAUAAUGAUAAUUUAGGGAAGAAAAAUAAUAUAGAUAAUUUAAAUAAAGAUAAGGAUUUAUUAAAAGAAAAAAAAUUGCUUGAAAAUUAUAUUACAUUUAACAAUAAUAGGAUAUGUUUAAGUAAUUCUUAUACUUAUAUCUUAAGUUUGUUAUGUAGCAAAAAUUAUGAACAUUCUUUUAAAUUUUUUUUACAUAAUUGGAAUAAUAACAAAAUAUUUUUUUGUUUUUUAUCUUUGUUAAACAUAAAACAUAUGAGUGGAUUCAGAAAAUAUAUUUUUAAAAAAUUUAAUUUACUUGUUAAUAUCCUUUUAAGAUAUAUAUCGGACUUUUCUUGUAAUAUAAUUCUUUUUUAUAUUUUUAGUGUUAAUAUUAUUGAUAUAAAAAAUGAAGAAUUAAAUGAAAUUACCACAUAUGAAUAUAAUAAAUUCAAGGAAUUUAUUGAUAAAAAUAUAGAAAAUGAUUUUAAAAAAAAAAGUAUAUCAGAUAUUAGAACUGAUUUAAAUAAUUUUUUAGAUAAAACAAACAGAAUGGGAAAAUAUGAGAACAUCUAUGUAUGUCAGUUUAAUAAUAUCCCAUUUUUUAUUAAUAAUACAUUUCUAAAUAAUUUAUUAAAUAUUAUAAACAUAAUUCAUGCGAUAUUGAAAUAUGAGCCUUCAUAUAUUUUUCUGAAUUUUUACGAAGAAAGAAUUAAAAAAAAUAAAGCAUGUAUAAUAGAAAUAUUAUAUAUAUGUUUAAGUUAUUUAAUUAGUCAAUAUAUAUGUCUGCAAAAUAAUGAUUUUAUUUUAUUUUUAAAAAAGAAUGAGUGCAAAAAAUGUGUUAAAAUUUUUAUAAUUUUUUUCCAUUUUAGUAGAAGCUUACUUAGGUAUAUAAAAAAUAAUUUAUGUUAUGAACAAAAAUAUAGAUAUAAUAAUGAUAUAGGAAUAAAUAAAGAAUUAAAAAAGAAUUUCUCAAGUACUCUUAAAAAUGAAAAAAUACACAAAAAACUAGAAAAAAAACACGAAAAUGAACAUAACAUAAAAUUUAAUAAUCUGAAAUAUAAUCAUCACUUAUUUUAUCUUAGAACAAACAUGUUUAUUAUAUUAAAUUUUAUUAUAAGUAUAAGUGAAGAAACCGAUUAUAAUUAUUUAUAUAAAUUUUUCAAAAAAUUCGCAAUGAAAAGUUUAACUUUCAGAGAAAAAAGAUUUUUAUUUUUUACUAUUCUUAAUAUCAUUAAGGAUUUUAAAUUAUCUCUUAAAUUUUAUGGCACUUCAGUAAAAUUUUUAAUUAUCCCAAUUUUAAAGGAAUAUAUUAAUAAAAAAAAUAAUAUAAAAUAUAUUAAAUUUGAAGAUGAUAAAUAUGAAAUAACAAAUAUAUAUCAAAAUAAUAACAUUUCUUAUUUAAAUAAUAAUAAAAUUUUUAUAAUUUUACACGCGAAAUUAUUUUCUAAGUCAUACAUUAAUUCUAAUUACACAAAUUAUAAAAAAGAAAAUACGAAUGAUAACAAUAACAAUAACAAUAACAAUAACAAUAACAAUAACAAUAACAAUAACAAUAACAAUAACAAUAACAAUAACAACAACAGCAUAAAUAACAGUACUAAUUAUAAUAACUCUAAUAAUAAUAAUUAUGAAAGUUCUGCUACCAAUAAUAAUGAACACAAUGCUAUUAUGAAUAAUAGAAGAGAAGGAAAUAUAAAUUUAAUGAAAAACAACAAUUAUUCAAAUAAAAAUAAUAGUAAGGCAUAUAUGCCAGUUAGGAAUAUAUAUAAUAGAUGUUUUAUAUAUAGUUUAAAUGAUAAUAUAAAUCCUACUAAUAUAUCUGAUGAUUAUUGUUUAUUCGAUUUAUCUCUUUAUAAAGAAAAAAACUAUCUCAGGGAUUUUUCUUUUCAUAAACGUGAUUUAUUUAUGAAUAUUUUUGACCUUAUCUAUUCUUUAAAGAUAUUAUUAGAGUUUAAUUGUAAUUAUACUGAAACAAUAAUAAAUAAAUUAAUUAUAUGUAGUUUAUUUAUAAGUAUAACAAGAAAAGUGAAAAAUAAACAAAACAAAUUCAUGUUAUUUACAUACCUAAGAAAAAUCAAUAGCAAUUAUAUUUCUUUUCCUUUUGAAUAUAUAAAUCAGUUAUGUAUUAAAAAUAUAAUUAAUAUUUAUAAAUAUCAUUUUUAUAAUAAUAUAAAUGACUUGAAAAAUAUUUUUCAUUAUUUAGUAUACUCUCAUAAAAAGGAAGAAGUUAAUUUAUUAAAAAAAAAUUUGGAAGAAUUAACGAAAGUUAUUGCUUUAAGAGUUAAACAGAAUAAUAAAAUAUCACGUAAAAGUAAAAAAUGGCAAUGGUAUAUAAAAAAAAAUUAUCUGAAUUAUUUUUAUUUUAACACAUUUAGAUGGAAUGAUAUUGUGAAUGAUAACGAAAAAAAUAUGCUGCAUUGCUAUAACAAUAAUUUGAUGAAUUAUUUAGAUAAUAUACGAAAUUUCAACUAUUUUCAUAAAAAGAAUGGUAUUCAAAAUUAUAAUUUUCUUGAUUAUAAAGCUAUUAUUUUAAAUUAUUUUAAAAAAGAUGAAAAUCCAUUUAAUAAAAUACAUAUAUUAGAAAUUGUACUAAAAUAUAAAUAUAAUUUUUUUAAUAUAUACCCAUAUAUAAUAGCACAUAUUUUUAAAAUUUUAAAAAAUUUUUUAAAUAGUGCAUAUAUAAAUAAGAAAAAAAAACAUUUCAUAAUUUUUUCUUUAAAGGCUGUAUUCUCCUUAAUAAAAUUCAAUAUACUAUGCAAUUGUGUAUUUAAUCUGUUUACAUUAAAAAAUAAUAAAAUUGUUAUAAAAAAAUUAAAUAUUGAAAAAAUAGAAUCAAAUCAAUUAAAUACACUUUGUUCAGAAAAUAAGAUUCCCACUUCAUUUAGUAGUAGUAAUAAUAAAAAAUCCCAAUACAAAGGUAAUAGUAUAAUAAACAAUGAAAAAGCUAUAAUUCCUAAUAAUGAAAAUGUUAUUUUUUAUAGUGAUAAAGAGAAAAAAAUAUGUAAUGAAGGCACUUCUAAAAAAAAAAAUUACUACAGUAAAAAUAAAAUAUUUAUACAAUUGACAAACAAGCUUCAUAACUAUUUUUUGAAAACCAGAAAUAAUGAUAUUAGUCAAGUUUUUUAUAUAGGUAUAGUAAAUGUAAUUAGGAAAUAUAAGCAUAUAUAUAUUAAUUAUAAUAUUUUAAAUGAAUUAAGUAAUUUAAUCAUUUCUUCUUUAGUACAAAAUAGUCAUAAAUUAUAUUUAAAUAAUAUUACACAUAAAAUUCUUGUUAUUCUUGAGGAUAUUUUAAGAAUUAAGAAUAACAUCAAAAUUAAGUAUUUAGAUAUGUAUAGAUCAUUGAUUUAUUGUUAUUCGAUAGAUUGUAAUAACAAAAAAAAAAAAAAAAAAAAAAAAGUUAAUAAAAAAAAGAUAGAUAAUAAUAUUUUAAAAAAUCUUUAUUUAAAUAUAGAAUCAUUUAAAUAUAAGAUAAAAGAAAAUAAAAAUAUUGAAGCAGUUACGGAAAAUUAUAAUACAUCUAAUGAACAAAAAACACAAUUUAUUAUUGAAUGUAGUGAUGAUGCCAAAUUAGAAAACAGUUUUAAUGCAUAUAUAAAUACAAUUUCGAACAAUCAAAAUAUUAAGAAUGUUACGAUUCAAAGUUAUAUUUCACAUAAUGGUUUUAAUUCAUUUUUAAAAAAAAAAAAUGAGUUAAGAAUUUCUAAUGAAAAAAAUUGCACUGAUAAUGAUAUAAAAAAUGAUUUAAAUAAAGAACAAAAUAUAAUUUUUAAUAAAGAUAAUAUAAAUAAGAAUUUAACAAUAGUUGAUAGUAAAAACAAAUGUGCUGGUAUUAGCAACUUAUCAGAUAAAAGUAUUGCUAUUGAGAAAGAUGUACAUGAAAUUGUGUGUAAAAAUAAAGUAAAUAAUAUAGAAAAUGCUUGUAGAUUGAUGGAUAAGGAUUAUAAUAAAAGUAUCAUUAAAACAAUAUAUAUGAUAUUAAAAGUAUUACUAAAAUAUGUAAAUAAGAAGAAUAUCUAUAAAAAUUUACACAUUUUAAGUUGCAUAUUUUUUCUCCUAAUAAAUUUUGAUAAUAAUAAGAUACAACGUUCAGUCUUUACUUUAAUAAAUCAUAUAAUUUUAUCGCAUAAUUUAUUUUUUUCUAAUUUUAGCAUAUUAAAUAAAAAAGAAAAUAGUAAAGAAAAUGAAAAAAUAAAUUUUUCCUAUUUUAUAUUUGAUAAUAAUUUUGAAAAAAAAGAUAAAUAUAAAAAAAUAGAAUUCUUACAUGAAAUGCUAAUUGGCUUAGCUCUUAAAGGAAUGAAAGAAUAUAAGAAGAAUCAUAAGAUUCAUUAUACUAAGAAAUUAUAUUUUAAUGUAAAGUUAGAAACUAGCAUAAAUAUUUUUGAAUUUUUUUGUCAGCUUCAUAAUAAUACAAGUUAUUAUGAAGAAUUAAUUAAAUUUUUUUUACUAAAAUACUUAGAAAAACUAAAAUUUAUAGGAAUUUAUUGUUUCAAAAAAAAAAAAAAAAUGAUAAACUUAAAAAGAUUAAUAUUUUUAAUGUGUAUAAAUUUAUAUUUAAUGGAAAAGAAAGAUUUAUUCAAUUUUUUUUGUAUAUUAAAAUUUUUUCUACGUACAGAGCAUAAAAAUUAUUAUAAUUUUGAUUUAUUUAUACUAUAUAUUUUUGAAUAUAUUUUAACAGAAAAUUCAUCCAUUAAUAAAUGUGCUUACUCAUAUCCAUCUAAUGUAACCUCUGACGAUUUAUCUUUUUCAUCAUCAUUUGGUGAAGAUGAUAAAAUGUAUAAAUUAAGAUCAAAAAAUAAAAUAACAAAGAUAAUGAGUAAAUUAAAUGACGAAAACAAAAAAUUUGAGAUAAAAGAUUAUAUAAAAUAUAUAAAUAAUUUCUAUAAUAAAAGUGUGCAUUAUACAUACAAUUAUAAAAUCAUAAGUAGAUAUUUCUUUUCCAAGGAUAGAGUAUUAUAUGAAAAUAGGAGAAAAAAUAAACUGAGAAAUAAAAUACUUAAAAAAAAUAAUAUUGAGAAAGGAAAAAAAGAAUUAGACACACAAUUAAGUAGAAAUAAAGAUGAAAAUUUGACAAAUGAUAAAAAUAUUUGUAAAAAGGAAAAUAUUAAAAGUUUAACAGAAAAGGAUAAUAUAAAAAUACCUUUGAAUAAAAAAGGUAAAAUUUUUAAUGAAAACAAUAAAAAUAACCACUUACAAAAGAAGAGUAGUAAUGAUUACAGAAUAUCGAAAGAAAAAAUAAGAAAAAAAUGUAAUAAAAAAAAAAACAAAUUUUAUGAUUAUAUGUUUAAAGAAAAUAUAAUUGAAGAGAUUUUAUGCAGAGAUAUAUUUUUAUAUAAAAAAAAGAAAAAAUUAAAAGAAUUAUAUAAAAAAAAUGAGAAUAAAAAUAUAAAUUUAUCUUCCGAAGAAAAAGCUGAUAUCAUUAAAGAUUUGAUAGUAUUUGAUUAUUCUGAUGAUUUUUCGUGCUAUGUAAAAUAUUAUGAUAUAUUAUUAUAUUUUAUUAAAGAAGAAAAAGAGAAAUAUACUAAAAAUUACCAUUUUAUUGAUAUAAAAAAUAAGUUCUUAAAUAUUUUAUUACCAAAUAUUUUGAGAGGAACAUUUUCUUUUUUUCCAAAAAUUAAAUACACAUGCAUACAUAUUUUUCAAAAAUAUUUUUUAAGUAAAGAUAUUUUUCAGUCUAUUUGUUUCUUAUUUAAUAAUGAUUAUUUUAAGUAUAUUAUUGAUAAAUAUUUUAUAUCACUUUUCUUAAAUAUUUUAUUUUCCUUUUUUAAACAAAAUGUUGAUACUUACGCUUGUUUAAAAAAUAGAACACAAUCUUUAAUUCCAUUUUUGUGUAAAACAAGAGUAAAAAGAGAAAUUAUUAAUGGAUUUAAUAAAAAAAAAAAAAAUAGAAAAACGCAAAUAUAUAAUAAUAAAAAUACCAAAAGUAAAAAAAAAAAAAAAAAGAUGAUAGACAUAGAAAAUUACAAUAGUGAUUUUAUUUCAUGGGAAUUUUAUUUAACAAAAUAUUGUAACGAACAAAAUAAAUUUUUAAAACAAUGUAAAAAAAAAAUAAUUAAAGCCAAAUAUUUAUUUAAACCUAUAUUAAGUUUAGUUAGCGUUUUUAAAGAAUAUUGUAGAUAUGUAUGGAUAACAUUAUUUUCGCAAUUUUUUAAUUGUUUAUCAAAUGAACAGAUUAAUCAAUUGAAUUUCUAUAUAGUAAAAUUUUUAUAUAAUUACAUAAAUAUUCAAGAGUCCUAUAAUUACGAAUGUAUAAAUUUACGAAAGAAAAAAAGUUCUUUUAUAAAUAAUAUAAUCUAUGAAAAUAAAAUGUACUCCAAUAAUGUUUAUGCAAAUGAUUCUAGCAUUAAUGUAUUAGAAACAUUAUUAACAUCUUUGUUUAAGUUAAAUCUUAUUCUAUUUAUUCCAGGAGAAAUUAUUUUUUAUUGUGCUAAGAAUUUUUACACAUAUGAAAUAUCCAAAUAUAUGCUGCUAGUAUUAUUAUAUUAUAACUUAAAAGAAAUUAAAAAAUUAGAAAAAAAUGAAGAAGUUGAAAAUAAGAAGGAAGAUAAACUAUUGUUAAAUAUAAAGAAAUGCUACAAUAUUAACAAUGUAAAUAUCAUUAAAAACAACUACAAUAAUUAUAAACAAAUUAUUAAUUUUUUAAUUGAAAUUAACAAUGAUUUAAAAGAAUAUGAUAAUGUUUAUGCAUUACAAAAACAUUAUGUUAGAAAUAAUGAAUUAUCAAAUUCUCUAUUUUUUAAUCAUUAUAAUCUAUAUUAUAAAAAUGAAUAUUCUUAUAUUAAGCAUUUCGUUGGUUACGAAAAAUUUCAUUUAACUAAAGAAGAAAUCAAUAUCAAUAAAAAUAAUUGGAUAAAUAGUUUGAAAUAUUUCAAUAAAAUAUAUUGUAUUGAAAAUUAUAUGCAUUUAGUUGAUUUAAAGGAAAGAAAGAAAUGUGCUACUACACCUUUAAGAAAUAAAAAUUGUAUAUUAUUUUCAAAUAUGAAAAAAGAAGAUAAUACCUCUUUUUUUAAUUGCAACUACGAAUCAUUAAAAAACAACUACUUAAGUAAUUUAAAUAAUAUUUAUUGCUUAAUAAAUGAUAAUUUAAAACCUAUACACAAAGAAGAUGCAAUAAAAUUUAUAAAUAAGGAUAAAGAUGAGAAAAAAAAUGAAAUAUAUUCGAAAUCAUCAAAAAAAGAACAAUCUGUUAAAAAUGAAUCAGAAAAUAAUGAAAAGGAAGAAGAAAUUUAUAAUAUAAAAAAAAAAGAAACAAAUGAUGACAAUAAUUUAUAUUAUCAUAAAAAAAUAUAUCAUGAAAUUCAAGGAAAUACUAAUAUUAAUAAUGAACAGCAUGAUUUAAGAUUUAAAAAACCAAGAGAAAUUAAAAAUUCUGAUGAAAGUAAUAUUCACAACACUGGUAAUAAUAACAAUAAUGGAAAUCAUAAUAUUAAUAGUAGCAGUAUUAUUUAUGAGAUAGAUAAAAAUUCUCCUACUAGAAAUGAAAACUAUAAAGAUUAUAAUAACAUAGAAAAUAUAAGUGAUAUAAAUAUUUUAAAAAGUAUGAAUGACGACAUAAACAAUAAUAUAAGUAGCCUUGCACAUUUAUACAUAGGAAGACUAAUUAAUAAGUUGAAAAAGGAUAAUAAUGAAUUUACUCAAAAUACUUAUGUUAAGGAAAUAAAUGAAAACACUAGUUAUGAGAAAAAAGAAAAUAAUGAAAUAAAUAUCAAGAAAAAUCAAGUAAAAAAAAUGAAUUUGGACGAUGAAAUUUUUUUAAAUGAAGAAAAUAACAUUUUAAAUAAGUUUAACGAAAAAAAUAAUACAUUUCUCGUUAAUAAUUUAAGGUUUGAUUUUAAAAAGAAGCAUAUCAAAGCAAUUAAGGAUAACAUAAGUAAUGGAAUGAAUAUUUUGCUUGAAAAAUUUAGGCAAUUACAAAAAUAUAAAAAUAGUAAUUUUGAAGUUCUUUUUCUGCAUGCAGAAUUAUUUGAAUAUGCACAAAUUAGUGUAGAAAUUAUAAAAGAAUAUUCAUUGAGAACAAAGCAAAAAAGAAAAGAAAAGAAAAAAAUAAGACUUAUAAACUUAUUAAACAAUCUAUAUAAUAUUUUCAGUAAUGAUAAAUCAUUGUGUUCAUAUGAUAGUAUUUAUGAUUUGAAAUAUAUAUGUUCUUGGAAGCUUUUAUUUUUAAAAAUUUUUAAAAUAUUUGACAACUAUGGUUUCUUUUCAAUUUUUAAGAAUUUUGUUACAUAUAACUUUAAGGAGAGUAAAACUUAUAAUUUGUUAAACUUAAUAACAAAUAUGAGAAAAAUGAAUAACAUAUCUUAUUAUUAUUUUGAUAAAAUCUAUGAAAACCUUAAAAAUUAUAAUAAUAAUAUGUUAUGUACAGAAGAAAAAUAUAUUUUCAACAUAGAAAUAAUAAAGAUAAAUUUAAAAAAUAUAAUUAAUAGUAACUUAUCUGUUCGAAAUGUUAAUAUAACAAAUAAUUUGAUUGAAAAAUACAAUACAAUAUCUGAAGAAAAUGAAAUUGGUAAUGAAAAAAAUUCAUUUAAAACAGAAAAAAAUGCAAAAAUAACCUUUGAUGAAAAUUAUUUAUAUAUAACGAAUAUGGAAAAUCAGUAUUUUAACUUAUGUAUUAACUUAAAAAAAUUAAAAAAAAAUAAAUUUCUACAUAAAGUUAUAAAAAAGUUGAAAUGCUAUGUAAACUCAUUAAACAUAAUUAAUACAUUUAAUUUUGAUUCAUUACCAAUGGCUAGCUAUGAAAAAUUUAGAAGUAAAUUUUUUUACAUAAAAGGAAAAAUUUUAUGUAACUUAAAUAAAAUAGUUUUAUUUUUGUAUAGAAAUAAUUUUAUUGAAAAAAAUAACAAAAAAAAUUGUAGUUAUUGCAAAUAUAUGUAUAAGGAUUAUUUAAGAAAAGAUGAGAGUGAUAAUAAAAAUGUGAAAGACAACAAUGGACAUAGUAACGAUUUCAUUAAAAAUUAUGAAGAAUAUAAUGUAUUAUAUGAUAAAAUUGAAGAAGAAAAAGGUGAUAAGAAAUUAAAAAAAAAUAAUAAAGAGAAAAUUAACAAUAGUUUUAAUGAAAAAAUAGAAGAGAAAGGUACUGUUAAAAAUUUGAAAAAAAAAAAUAGAAAUAAUAAUAAAAGAAAAUUGCAUAAUGAAUAUAUAGAAGGAAAUAAGAAAAAAAAUAUAGAAAUAAAUCAAAAUAAAUUAUGUGAUAGUGAUGAUAAAGAAAAGAAUGGUCAUAUUUUGCAGAAAAAUAAAAUUAAGAAAGAAAGUAAAAAAAAAAUAAAAAUAAAUAAUUUAGAAUUUAAUUGUAAAUGUAAUAACAAAAAAUAUAAGCUUUUUGGCAGAAGCAUAAUUGAGGAAUGUUUUCUUUCGUCUUUAAAAAUAUAUCCAUUUGAAAAUAAUUCUUGGUUGUUGUGGGGGAACUACUGUAAUCAAAUAUUUAAGGAAAACAAAAAUUCUUCUUUUUGUAUAAGCUCUUUAAUAUCUUAUUUAAUAUAUUCUAGUUUAAAUAUAAAUAAAGGAUACUAUUACUUAAGUAAUGUAUUUUAUUUGUUAAAUUCUGAUACAAAAGAUAAUUCUGUAUUUAGAGUUUUUAAUAAGUAUAAUGAUAAUAUUUCCCCCAAUAUAUGGCUAUUUUACUUACCUUUUUUAUUGAACAAUAUAAAUAUAAAUAAAAAAAAUUAUUUAUAUUUUCAUAAAAUUUUAUAUAUUUUAAUGCGUAAAUUUCCACAAGAUAUAUUUUAUGAUUUUAGGUCUAUUAAUAUAGAUAGAAAAGAUAAAUUAUAUUAUAUGAAAGAAAUUAAUAAGGAAAAAAGAAUGAAGAAUAAUUCACCUUUAUUAAAAAAUAACUUAGAUAUUUUAAAUAAUCAAAAUAAUAAAAAGGAAAUUCAAGAGUCUGAGAAUAUAAUAAAGAAUAAUGAAAGAAACGUUGAAAAUUUUCAAAAUAAUUCCAUUGGAAAUAUUAGAAAUGGUAUUGAAAAAACAAUUUAUAGUCAGAUAAAAAAAGAGAAAAGUAAUAAUAAUAGCAUUUCUCAAAUAGAAAAUAAAGAAAACGUCAAAACAAAAAAUUUGAAUACAGAAGAUUUUAAUUCACAAAAUAAUUGUAUAAAUAAAACGAAAAGCAAAUCAAGUAAAGAUAUUAAGAGUGAUUCAGAAUCUUUAAAUUCUUUACAAAAUUGUAAUGAAAGUAUAUAUUCAUCUGCACAUAUAUUUGAUGAUUCUUUUGAGCAAUUAAUAAAUGUAUUUAAGUGUAAACAUUCUGAUAUAUACAUGUCUUUAGAUCAUAUAUGUAAUGAAAUUUUAAAUUACACAAGAUUCCAGGCUUAUGAUGAAACCUUUUUUUUUAUAAAUAAGCUAUUUAAUCAAUGUAUUGAGUUACCAUUUUCUCAAAUACAUAUUUCAAAAAUGAUGCAGAAUUUUACUGAAAAUAUUAUAUAUAAAAGAUAUAAAACAAAAUUAAAAAAAAAAUAUAUAUCUAGUGAAAAAUAUAAGAGAGCUAUUAAAAAUAUGAAUAUAUUUUGGGAGGAAUUUAAAAAGGAUAUUGAAUUUUUAAAAAAAAAUGAAAGUAUUGAAAAAGUUGUGAAUGAAAAGAAAAAUUAUAUAUAUUCAAGUUAUCCUGACGUCAUAUCAAAUAAAGAAAAAGACUAUAUGAAAAUAUUAAAUGGUUCUAGAGAAUAUUUCUUUUCAUUAUCUCAUUUUACGAAAUUAGUAAAAAAAUGGAAAGAUAUGCUUUUUAUAAUUAUUUAUUCCUUAAGGGAAAAUCAAUUUUUAGAAGAUUUUUCUUUUUCUUUAUGUGAUAUGUUUUCAAAAUUUAAUAUCAAAAUCGAACUACCUGGACAAAGAUUGAGAUACAUUGGAGAAUUUUUAAAUUAUCAUUGUAAUUUAAAUUUAUUUGUUCCUACUAAUAUAAUUAAUUUAAACUCUUUAAUUCUAACUAGUGUAAGAAACAAUUAUUGUUUAAAUAAAAUUAGUUUUUUUACAGAAAAUGGAAAUACAUAUUAUUAUACUAUACAACCAUGUAAUUUUAUUCGUUAUAAGUCAGAACAUAAAUUUAUGUUAUUUCAAAUUUUGUUAAACAAUAUAAUGUUUAAAUUUUCACAAACAAAACAAAGAGGAUUAUCAUUAAAAAUAAAUGUGCAUAUUCCUUUACAUCCUUCUUUUAGAUUAAUGGACGAUUCUAUUGAUAAUAUAACACUUGAGGAGCUUUAUAACGAUUCUAUUUUAGUGACGAAAAAUCAGAAAUUUUCAUCAGAUAGUGUUUUACUAUAUCAUAGAGAUUUAAUUAAAAGUUCUAUACGCAAAAAGUUAUUAAACAAAAUUGAAUCUAUGAUAAUAGAGAAUCAAAAAGAAAACGAAAUAAAAAGUAAUCCUGAAGAAAAAGAAGACAAAACUAGAAAUGUAUUAAAAAAGGAUAAUAUUGAAGAAGUUAAUAUAAAUAAAAGAAAUGAAAUAAAAGAUGCUUUAUUAAGUAAAAAUGCAUGCAAAGAUAACAAAAAUGUAAAAAAGAUGACUAGUCUUAGUUGUAAUUCAUGUGAAAAUAAUGAAAUUAUAAAGAAUAUGACUAGUAUUAAUUGGAAUUCUUUAUCAUUUGAAGAAUUAAUAAAACAUUUAAAUGAUGAGAAAUGGUUUCAUAAAUACUUUAAGAAAUGUGAGAAGGAAUGUUUAAGAAUACAUUUUAAAGAUAUUUGUAAAAUUGUUCCAAAAAAUAUAAUGAAAAAUUAUUUUUAUUCUCUUCACGAUAAUUUAGAAAGUUACUAUAUUUUAAAUACACAAUUCAUUAAAAGUUAUUCCGUAUUAUGUAUGCUAAAUUAUAUUUUUUUUCAGUUAAAUACUUCCUUAAAUAAAAUAAUAUUAUCCAAAUAUUCCGGAAGGACUAUGUAUUUAGAAGGAAAACCAUUAUAUAAUGAUUUAACAAUUAAAAAAGAAGUAUACAAAAAUAUUCCUUUUAGAUUAACAAGAAAUAUUCAACAUUUCAUGGGUUUUCAGGGAAUACAUGGAAGUUUACCGUCAUGUUUUUAUUCCUCAGUAAUGGCUAUAAAAAAAAAAAAAAAAUAUAUAAAAAAUUUUUUAAAUUUAGCUAUUUCUGAUGAUUUUAUUUCCUUACACAUUUAUAAGAAAAAUCGAAAUAUCUUGCAAACAAAAUCAAAUGAAAAAAAAGGAGAUAAAAUAAAUUUAUACAUAAAAUCAUUUUAUGUGGAAGAUUCUGAAAAAAGAAAUAUAUUAAGGAAUGCUGAACAUUACGUGAAUAAUAUAUUUUGUAGGGUUCUUUGUUUAUAUAAAAAUAGAUUAGAAAAUAAAAGUGACAUUUCAUUGAAAACCAAAAAAAAAAAAAAAAAAAAAGUAGAAAUAAAUUUUUUUGAAUAUUCCUCAGAUAUACAAGAUAUAUCAUUAUCAGAAUUAUCAUCAGACGAUGAUUUAGAAUAUAAAAACUUGAAUGUAGAUACGAAUUUACAAAAAAUGAAAAAAAAAAAUGAAAAAAAAAUAAAAAAGGAAAGUGAUAUGUAUAAUAAAUUGUUAAUGAAGGAAUGUAUAUCCGGUACAAAUUUGAAAAGUUUAGUAAAAGAUGAAGAAACAGAAGAGAAAAGAAAAAGUGAAAGUAUGAACUCACAAACAAUUGAAAGAAAAAUAACCGAUGGUAAAUCAUUAAAUUUUCUAUUUGAUUUAAAGAAAGAAGAAAUGAAUAAUAGAAUAAAGGAAAAAAGUAAUGAUUACAAUGAAAAAAAAAAAGAAAUUGAGAAAGACUAUUAUGAAAUACAAUCACAAGAAGAACAAUUGCAACAACAGGUACAGCAAUUAUUACAACAAAAAAUGCUACAGCAAAUGCAAAAUAGGCAAAAUAAAUAUAUUAAUAAUGAAGACGUGGAUAAAGAUGUAGGAGGGUAUGAAGAAAAAGGAGAGGAAGAAACAAGUGAUGAGAUAAAAUAUAAUGAAAAUAAAGUUGAAUAUGAAGAAAAAGAGCAAAAUAAAAAGUAUAAAAUAAAAAAAAAAAAAUAUAUUGCAGAUGUUAAUAAAUCAGUAGUAGAUUUAAUAGAAAUGUCAAUGAAUAAAAAAUACUUAAAAAAUACAAAACCUACUUGGUUUCCUUGGUUUUAA